UCACUCUCUCUCUCUCUCUCUCUGUGUCUCGCGCGCGCGCGAGCGAGCAGAUCCAUCUGCUGAAAUGGAGGUGUUUUACUACCUUGUUUUUGGUGUUCUCGUGAUGGUUGUCGGCACCCUCGAGUUCAGCAAGACCAACAAAGAUCGCAUCAGUACCUCUGCUCCUUUUAAUUCAUUCAAGAACAAUUACCUCGUCGUGUACUCUCUGAUGAUGGCUGGGGAUUGGCUGCAGGGUCCAUAUGUCUACUACCUUUACAGUACAUAUGGUUUUGGGAAGGGAGAGAUUGGACGCCUCUUUAUUGCUGGUUUUGGAUCAUCAAUGUUGUUUGGCACAAUUGUUGGAUCUUUGGCGGACAAACAGGGCCGUAAGAGGGCAUGUGUUACUUACUGCAUAACUUACAUCCUAAGUUGCAUCACCAAGCAUUCUCCUGAUUACAGAGUUCUUAUGGUGGGGCGUGUAUUAGGAGGAAUCGCCACUUCUCUUCUUUUUUCUGCCUUCGAAUCAUGGCUUGUUGCAGAACACAACAAGAGGGGCUUUGACCAACAGUGGCUGUCCCUGACAUUCUCUAAGGCAAUAUUUCUUGGUAAUGGUCUCAUUGCCAUUGUUUCUGGGUUGCUUGGCAAUAUGCUUGCUGACACUCUUGGCUUUGGCCCGGUUGCUCCUUUUGAUGCUGCGGCAUGUUUUCUUGCAAUUGGGAUGGCCAUCAUAUUGUCAUCAUGGAGUGAGAACUACGGGGAUCCUUCAGAGAGCAAGGACUUGCUCUCCCAGUUCAAGGGUGCUGCUGUAGCCAUUGCUUCUGAUGAGAAGAUUGCACUACUGGGAGCAAUUCAAUCAUUGUUUGAAGGUUCAAUGUAUACAUUUGUCUUUCUAUGGACUCCUGCUUUGAGCCCAAAUGAUGAGGACAUACCACAUGGUUUCAUUUUUGCAACAUUCAUGUUGGCUUCAAUGUUGGGAAGCUCCAUCGCAUCUAGGCUCAUGGCCCGCGCAUCCCUCAAAGUUGAGAGUUACAUGCAGAUUGUUUUUAUGAUUUCAGCCUUCACCUUUCUGAUUCCUGUUCUUGCGAAUUUCUUUGUACCUCCCACAAAAGUGAAAGGUGGGAGCAUAUCAUUUACAGGUUGCAUUCUUCUCUUUGGCUUCUGUACCUUUGAGGCUUGUGUGGGGAUAUUCUGGCCAUCAAUCAUGAAGAUGAGGUCACAGUACAUUCCAGAGGAGGCACGAAGCACCAUCAUGAACUUCUUUCGCAUCCCUCUUAACAUUUUUGUGUGCAUCGUGUUGUACAAUGUUAAUGCUUUUCCUAUCACUGUCAUGCUGGGCAUGUGCUCGAUAUUCCUCUUCGUGGCAACAAUCUUACAGAGGCGGCUCAUGGUAGUUGCAGAGAGCCACAGGCAUAAGCCACAAGACUGGGCUUCAAUGAAAGACAGGGACACGGAGGCAGAGCCAUUAAACAUCUGAUUGAGAGUAUGAAGAUGAAAGUGUGGGAAAUACGGGGAAUGGUUAAGCAAAGCCAGCUUUUCCAGCCAUAAUGGUGUUGCAUUUGUGGCAACGUUAUA